AUGAUUAAGGUGCAAAGUAUAGGCUUCACUGAGAAGUCAGGGAGUCGUCUUCUGAGAUUAGAUUCGGAAUCUAGGAAGUUAAGUUUGAGAAACCGGUCAACGAUAUGUAUGUCAAUUCAGCAAGCAAGCAGAUCCAAAGUCUCAGUCACUCCUCUAGAACUUGAAGCUCCAAAAGAGACUCCUUUAAACCUGUACAAGCCCAAGGAGCCUUACACAGCAACGAUUAUUUCGGUUGAGAGAAUUGUUGGUCCACAGGCACCUGGAGAGACUUGCCACAUUGUAAUCAAUCAUGAUGGCAACGUUCCUUAUUGGGAAGGACAGAGCUAUGGAGUGAUCCCUCCUGGUGAGAAUCCUAAGAAACCAGGUGCUCCUCACAAUGUUCGCCUUUAUUCGAUUGCAUCAACGAGGUAUGGAGAUUCUUUUGAUGGCAAGACAGCUAGCUUAUGUGUUCGCCGAGCUCUUUACUAUGAUCCAGAGACAGGAAAGGAAGAUCCUUCGAAAGCUGGUGUAUGCAGUAACUUCUUGUGCAAUGCUAAACCAGGGGAUAAGGUCAAAAUCACCGGUCCUUCGGGAAAGAUAAUGCUUUUACCUGAAGGUGACUCGAAAGCUACUCACAUAAUGAUAGCUACUGGAACCGGAGUUGCUCCAUACAGAGGAUACUUGCGGCGUAUGUUUAUGGAGAACGUUCCUAGUUUCAAGUUUGAUGGACUCGCGUGGCUCUUCCUCGGCGUGGCUAACUCAGACAGUCUUCUCUACGACGACGAAUUCUCCGGUUACCUCAAGGACUAUCCUGAGAAUUUCAGGUACGACAAGGCGCUGAGCAGGGAAGAGAAGAACAUGAAAGGUGGGAAGAUGUAUGUGCAGGACAAGAUUGAAGAAUACAGCGACGAGAUCUUCAAGCUUCUUGACAAUGGAGCUCAUAUUUACUUUUGUGGGCUUAAAGGAAUGAUGCCUGGGAUUCAAGAUACGCUUAAGGGAGUCGCGGAAGAGAGAGGAGAAAGCUGGGAGCAGAAACUUACUCAGCUCAGGAAGAACAAGCAAUGGCAUGUUGAAACGGAGGUCAUAAACUCAGGUGUAAGCAGAAGGAUGAUUCGAGUGACGAGACCAAAACCGAUCAUUGAAUCACUGAGUUUCCACCUUAUCCAGAGAUGCUCCGCUGGCGGAACCCCCAAAGGAAAGGCCAAGCUGAAGACAGGCCAGCCAUUGAAGCGUAACAAACUCUCCACCAAGAAAGGCGGAAGUGGCGGCGGCGGAGGAGGAGCUGGGGAAGGAGAGGAGGCGGUUAAAGGAAAGGGGAGGAUUUCCGAUGAGAAGCAGAAGCUCUACGAGCAAUGCUUAACCGCUCCUUGUCCUGUUCGAUACUUGACGCCCCAGGAGACGGAGCGAGAGGCGCAACGUGAGAAGCUAGGGUUGAUUAGCAAGGAGAAGCAGCGGGAUAUGGAGAUUCAGAAGAAAGGAGGAGCCGCCGCAAUGGGGAUCACCGACGAGCCGGCCCGAAUCGGGACGCCGGGAUUGGAUUACAUCUCGUUAGGGAUCUUCGAAGCCGGCGAAUUGCCGAAAUACAAGCUGACGCAAGAGGACGCACAGAGACUCGCCAAGGAGAACAGUAAAGUGCUGAUGAGAGAGCACAGGGAGCGUCGUGCAGCUGAGACUGUGCUUCUGAAUAUGAAGUUGGCUGCGAUUGAGGCGUUGCCGGAGAAUCUGAAGAAGGCAGCAUUGGAGCCUGAUUUGACACCAUUUCCGGCGAAUCGAGGUAUGGCCUCUCUUACACCGCCUAUUGAAGGGUAUCUAGAGAAGGUCAUGGAUGCAGCCAAGAAGAGUUCAAUUGAAGCUAUUGUCAUUCAGAAUGGAACAGAGCCGAGACUGAGAGACAUCGAGAAGUGCUGCUAUAGACAGAAACUUCAAGAAACUGUUCUCUAG